GCCAACAUUCAUAAGUCAAAAUGUACUUUCAUUCGGUAGUGCUUACGUUGCUUGUUUUAUGCGGGUUAGUUUAUUCCCAAAAUCAAGGAGCAAGAAUUGUAAAAUACGAAAACGAUGUUAGAGGAAAUGGCGGAUAUAAUUUUAGAUUCGAAACAGAUGACCCCGUCGCACGUCAAGAAGCCGGAACCUGGGAAGGAACAGGUACUUAUGGACCUGAUGGAGAAGAAUUGGGCUACAACAGAGUGAAUGGUAACGGUUUCCAUUACUUCCCUGAUGGAACACCAUUUAGGAUUACGUACACUGCCAAUGAAUAUGGUUACCAACCAAAAUUCGUCAUCGGUAAUGUGGAUUCAAAAAGUAAGAUCCCUGAUCUGAGGAAGAUACCUGACGAUGCUUACUUUAGUCUUCAAGGAGGUGGAUUAGGUUAAAGCGAUAUGAAGUACCUUUAUUGACUUUUAUAGCCUGAGACGAUGUUAAAUUAUCG